CAUCAUCAUUCACAUUUCACAUUCAGAAGCCAAUAUGGGUUUGUGGUGGAUAGUGGUGGUGGCCGUCUUGGCUAAUACGGCGUCUGCGGCCGUGAGAGAAUAUCAUUGGGAGGUUGAGUAUAAGUUCUGGUGGCCAGACUGUAAUGAAGGCGCCGUCAUGACCGUCAACGGUCAGUUUCCUGGCCCGACCAUAAAAGCCGUCGCCGGAGACACCAUCGUCGUCCAUCUCACCAACAAACUCACCACCGAAGGCCUUGUCAUCCAUUGGCAUGGAAUCCGUCAGUUGGGAAGUCCAUGGGCAGAUGGAGCAGCAGGAGUUACUCAGUGUGCCAUUAAUCCUGGAGAGACUUUUACCUACAAAUUCACUGUUGAGAAGCCGGGAACGCACUUCUACCAUGGACACUACGGCAUGCAGAGAUCAGCCGGGCUCUAUGGAUCGCUAAUAGUGGACGUAGCUAAAGGACAGAGAGAGAGGUUGAGAUACGAUGGAGAGUUUAAUCUCUUGCUAAGUGACUGGUGGCAUGAGCCUAUAUCUUCCCAAGAACUCGGUCUUUCUUCCAAACCUAUGCGCUGGAUCGGUGAAGCUCAGAGCAUAUUGAUAAAUGGGAGGGGACAAUUCAAUUGUUCAUUGGCGGCACAGUUUAGCAACAACAACAACAACACAUCAUCAUUACCAAUGUGCACGUUUAAAGAAGGUGACCAGUGCGCACCACAGAAACUCCACGUGGAGCCUAACAAGACUUACCGAAUCAGACUCGCCAGCACCACCGCUCUCGCCUCCCUCAACUUGGCUAUUCAGGGACACAAGCUCGUGGUGGUCGAAGCUGACGCCAACUACGUUACGCCGUUCACCACCGACGAUAUCGACAUAUACUCCGGCGAGAGCUACUCUGUCCUUCUCACUACUGAUCAAGACCCUUCACAGAACUACUACAUCUCCGUCGGCGUCCGUGGCCGCAAACCAAACACAAAUCAAGCACUCACUAUAUUAAACUACGUAACCGCCCCCGCUUCGAAACUCCCUUCUUCUCCUCCGCCGGUGACUCCACGGUGGGACGAUUUCGAGCGGAGCAAAAACUUCUCCAAGAAGAUCUUCUCAGCGAUGGGAUCACCACCGCCGCCGAAGAAAUACAGAAAACGUUUGAUCCUCCUCAACACUCAGAAUCUAAUCGACGGAUACACGAAAUGGGCGAUCAACAACGUGUCUCUGAUGACUCCGGCGACUCCGUAUCUCGGUUCGGUUAAAUACAAUUUAAAACUCGGAUUUAACCGGAAAUCGCCGCCGAAGACGUACCGGUUCGAUUACGACAUUAUGAACCCGCCUCCGUUUCCUAACACCACUACGGGUAACGGGAUUUAUGUUUUCCCGUUUAACGUAACGGUGGACGUGAUUCUACAAAACUCGAACGUUUUGAAAGGUGUGGUUAGUGAGAUUCAUCCGUGGCACCUUCACGGCCACGAUUUCUGGGUUUUGGGUUACGGAGAUGGGAAAUUUAAACCGGGGGUUGAUGAGAAGACGUAUAAUCUGAAGAACCCGCCGUUACGGAAUACGGCGAUAUUGUAUCCGUAUGGAUGGACGGCGUUAAGGUUUGUGACGGAUAAUCCCGGGGUUUGGUUUUUUCAUUGUCAUAUUGAACCGCAUUUGCAUAUGGGUAUGGGUGUGGUUUUUGCUGAGGGAUUAAACCGGAUUGGUAAGAUACCUGAUGAGGCGCUUGGUUGUGGUUUAACCAAACAAUAUCUCAUGAACCGGCACAGGGGUUAGUAAAGUUGUUAUGAUCACUUCAGUAAUUAUUUUGUCUUGUGGCAGUAUUUUGAGUGUGAGAGAAAGCUUUUGCGUUUUUGGUUGUGUUCUGUAUUAUUAGUAAACCGAAGAUUGUUGGUUCGUAUUAUUGGUGUAGUUGGUUAGUCGGUUGUAGUGAACUUUGAUUUGGAUUGGUUUAAGAAUAGUAUGUAUGGUGAAGAAACCGGCAACUUUUAUUUAUCA